AUGCAUCUCUUCCGCCGAGGCACGUCCUCGCUUUUCAACUCCUCCAAUGUCUCUCUCGCUUCCUCUAAGACAGACGCCACCACAGAUGCUAUUGGUGACAAUGCCCUUGCGGCUGAGGGAUUUCGAACCAUCUCAGAGUCGGACAAGCUGUUUUCCAAGGCUGACCCAGCUGUUGACGGCGAGGACUGUCUGCACGAUUGCGCGACAUGUACCGUCAAAUACCCCGCCAAAUUUGACGUCGACAUGGAGGACGAGCUAUACGGCCAGGUGAAAGGGUGGGCAACACACAUGCUUGUUGCGACCGGGAAGUCAGAUUGGGUGCGCGACGUUGCAGACGAGACAGGCAGUGUCAUGGAAGCAAUUGAGAAGGGAGGAGUUGAGCCUAGCAAUGGCCGCCUCAAGCUUUCUGCCUCGAACAUGCCCGUCCCAGACGAAUAUCAUAUGCACGAAGAAGGAAAGCAGCCCACAAACGUCCUCAUACUGCCUAGCUUUACCAUUGUCGAGAAUGUCACACCGCAGCUGGCCCCAGAUCUGAUCGAGCACUUCGUGAACAACUCCGCAACAACUACAACACCGCUCGGUGCGUUACCCGCAGCACCUGCAGACCAAAAGGGCAGCUCUGAAGAGCAGUCAUCCGACUCCAUCCCUCACCCCUCCAACACAUCCAUUACCUCCCCUCUGCGCUCCCGCCCAUGCCCUCACGCCGCUGUCAUUCUACUCUGCUCGCAGCGUACUCGCGAUGCCCGCUGUGGACAAUCCGCACCACUGCUCCGCCGCGAGUUCGAGAGACACUUGCGGCCAUUGGGACUAUAUCGCGACAUGGACGAUACACGCCCCGGUGGUGUGGGAAUCUAUUUCAUUAGCCAUGUUGGUGGACACAAGUACUCUGCCAAUGUUAUAGUGUACCGGCGCCGAAACUUUGAUUGGUAUAAGACAGGUGACGCGGAGGCCGAAAUUAGUGAGCAGGAAGGUGCUGCACAAGGUAUCUGGCUGGCUCGGGUCCGGCCAGAGGAGUGUGAGAAUGUCAUCCGGUAUACUGUUUUGCAGGGUAAGGUGUUGAAACCAGCUCAGCAAUUGCGAGCUGGAUUUGAUCGAGAGCGCGGCUUGACGAGUUGGUAA